AUGGUGUUGGAGGCCCUGCCGCCUGCAAGAAGAGUAACAGCGGCGGCAACAGCAAUAGCAACAAACUCAAUAACAAAAACAAAAACAACAAAAACUAAGAAAGAGAAAGGUACAUUUUUGGCAGAUUUGACGCGAUAUUUCACUGGAGUUUCUCUGGAUAAGUAUUCAUUUAUCGCCACACCUAAUGGACUAAAUGAUCUACGUGUAGGACUUCGUGGAACAAGCAAUAUGUGCCGUAGUACAUUUGCCUCUCAUGGUGAUGAUGCCUUAAUUGGAAAUCGUAUAUUUGAAUCCCCUAAUAAACAUAUCUUUGCAGACUCUACUGGAUUAUGGUGUCAUUUAUGCCGCGAACCACUGGGUCUUUCUCUUAUUACGCAUCUCUCAGACCGUGAGCAUCACAAUCAUCAGUUAUUUCUAUUCCUUUAUGCAGCAUUUCCACGCAGUGUAGGGAAUGUACCGGCCGGAUCAUAUCAACCUUCUGCUGUAUUAGAAGAAGCCGCAUUAUUAUUCCCCAAAUUAUCCAAAGCUUUCUCGGCUGGUUAUGUACACACAGAACAAGAUGCUCUGCGACGUGCAUCUUUACACUCUAUGCUCAUACAACUUAGCAGUAGUGGUACUAAUCAAAAUAAUAAUAAUAAUAAUAAUAAUAAUAAUAAUAAUAAUAUCUCUAGUUCUAAAGUUUCUAGUUGUACCUCAGUAAGAAAAGAACCUAUUUUGGCCGUAUUUCACGGUGAUGUAAUUCCCGAACUGGCGCAUAGUGGAGAGCGACUGUUCAAGAGUGAAGUUUCACGUCUUAUCGUUGAGUGGUUUCCCGCAUUAGCACCUGGUGUUAUCACACAAAUUGCCCACAAAUGUUGGGGAAGAUCUAACUUGGAGAGUAUAUAUGAUGCACUUCAUAUACAAGAGAUAGUGGACAACAGACUACACGAGGCGAGAGUAGCUGCAGCAACAAAAACAAAAACAACAACGCAAUCAAAAACUGGAUCAUUACCAUUGACAAGAAAUAAAGCAUGGAAAGAGUUACUAUACCGUAAACUUUCUACAAAAACUGAAAAGGCUACUUUUAUGCGAACUCUUUUUUGGGAAUUAACUACACGGAAUGAAGAUACAUCUUCUCUUACUGAGGUGGAAUGUCUUUUACUACAACUUGUGCGUCGUCAACUGGCGUUUGAGAUGGUAUACCUGCAGUCUAUGAAAUACAUGCAGCACGCAGAUGCGACUAUGCGGGAAAUGUCGUUUCCCUCACUUGAGAAGUUGAUCUUACUAGGCAUGGCGUAG